AUGACAAUACGUAACGUCGCGCCGUGGGCUCUCACCCCACUGCUGGGAGUGGGCGUGGGGUGCCACCUGUGUACCGUUACAGGGUGUGGUUUGCAGGUAAUCGAUAGAGGAGGUGGCGGCGGGGCCAGCGGGCCGGCGGGGAGGGGCGCGGUGUGCGUGACGGAUCAUGGCGGCGCGGGGGGCCGCGCCCCGCCGCCCUCGUUAAACGCGCCCGCCGGAUACGCGCCGAGCCGCGGUUGA